GACACGGGCCGUCAUGAACUUCGUGGUCCGCUACCGGCCGGACGAGCAGCCCUCUCUGCGGCCGCAUCACGACUCGUCCACCUUCACCCUGAACGUCGCCCUCAACCACAAGGGCCUGGACUACGAGGGAGGAGGCUGCCGCUUCCUGCGCUAUGACUGCGUGGUCUCAUCCCCGAGGAAGGGCUGGGGGCUGCUGCACCCGGGUCGCCUCACCCACUACCACGAGGGGCUGCCCACGACCCGGGGCACUCGUUACAUCAUGGUGUCAUUUGUUGACCCCUGACACUCAACCACUCUGCCAAACCUUCCCGGCCAUUGUGCCUUCUUGGGGUGCCUGGCCCCGUCCUUGGAGAGGGGGUCUGUGCAUCUCCUCUCUUUCUGAGUGCACGUCCUGUAUGCCUGGGACUGAAUGUGUCACCUCACCCCACCACACGGCCCUCUCAGGAAGCUCCUGGAGCCCUCCGCCCCUCCCCUCCGUCCCCAAGGGUUCAGGGAGACAGGGCUUCUCGGGGAUCCCCAUGUGAUAAAUUAUUAAGGUUCCUCAGCCUCCCUCCCAAUAAAGGAGGAUUUCUAACUUUCGA